GGAGCGAGGCAGGCUGCUGGAAAAACCGCCCUUGUCUUUCCUUUCCCUUUUCCCUCCCUCUCGAUUUCCUCAAGAUUCCCGGUGUUGGCACUCGGGUCUCAUAAGUAGGAAAGGACUCUCUUGUCGUCUCCCCCAAAUCUAGCCGUACCUUAAAAAGACCACUGGAAAAAAAAUGGCCGCCAAAGCUGAUCCCAAGGUGACCGCCCAGGUCGGCGAGCUUAUCACUAAGAUCACCACCGGCGCUACCUCCGCCGACCGUGCUGCCGCCGCGAAGGAAUUGGCCUCUGUGGUCAAGGCCGCCGGUGCCCAUGUUGGUUUGACCCAGUACGACAUUGUGGAGCCAUUGACCAAGGCUUCCACCCACAAGAAGAGUUCCGCCCAGCGUGAAGGUUCUAUGCUCGCUUUUACCGCUCUCGCUGAGGCGCUCGGCCACUCCGGUGAACCUUACCUCGUCUCGUCCCUCCCCGUCACCCUCGAGCUUUUCGGUGACAAGGACAAGGAGGUCAAGGCCGCCGCUGAACAGGCUGCCGAUGCCCUGUUCAAAAGCCCCGGACGUUUCUCCGUCAAGUAUCUCGUUCCUCUCUUGUUGAGCCAGCUCACCAACGAGAAGAAGUGGCAAACCAAGGUUGCUGCUUUGAAGUACCUCGGUCGUCUCUCUGAGCACUCUGCCAGCCAGGUGUGCGCUGCUCUCCCUUUGAUUCUCCCCGUUGUUUCCACUUGCAUGUGGGACACCAAGCCCGAGGUGCAGGCCGCCGCUAAGGAAACCAUGACUCAAGUGACUGGAGCCAUCGACAACAUCGACAUCAUCCCCUUCUUGCCAGCACUGAUCGGUUGUAUCGCAAACCCCGACGAGGUCCCAGAGUGUGUCUUCAAGCUCGCCGCUACCACCUUCGUUACCGAAGUCCAGGCCCCCACCCUUGCCAUCAUGGUGCCUCUGUUGCAGCGUGGUCUUUCUGAGCGCAAGCCUGCGGUUCUUCGUCAGACUUGUGUCAUUAUUGACAACAUGUGCAAACUUGUCGAGAACCCCGCUGAGGCUCACCAGUUCUUGCCUCCUCUCUUGCCCGGUGUCGACCGUAUCAUUGAGGUGCAAGCUGACCCCGAGUUGCGUUCCAUCGCUGCCCGUGGUAAGGCUACUCUGAUCCGUGUCGGUGGAGGCGCCGAUGUCGAGACCGAGGACCCUGAAACCGUCGCCAAGAGGAAGGCGGCUGCUCACCAGGAGUUCUUGGACACCCUUGCCAAGACCGUCAAGGACGUUGGUGCCGACAAGGCCAUUGACGCUGCCAGCUCCGAGUACAUCGUCGUUCAGCUCGAGGCCAUGUACGACUCCCGCAUUUUCGACGUCCCCGACUGGCACGCCGCCACCGUCCCAUACGCCACUCCCUUCAUCGGUGAGGAGAAGGCGAAGGCGCUUGCUAAGCCUUUGCUGGCUCACUACGUCGCCAUGGAUAAGCUUCGCCAAAAGGAGGGCAAGGUCGAGGACCUCGAGGAAGGAGAAGAGCUUUGCAACUGUGAAUUUUCGCUUGCCUACGGUGGUAUGAUCUUGUUGAACAACACCAAGCUUCGCCUUAUCCGAGGUCAGCGUUACGGUCUCUGCGGUCCCAACGGUGUCGGUAAAUCCACCCUCAUGAGGGCCAUCGCCAACGGUCAGUUGGACGGUUUCCCCCCGGCUGAUGAGCUGAAAACUGUGUUCGUCGAGCACACUCUGCAAGCUGAGGAUGCUGACCUCUCUGUGUUGGACUUCGUCCUGGCCGCCGAGCACAUGAUGGCGCAGAAGGACGUCGUCGAGGAGACUCUCCGCAGCGUCGGUUUCGAUGACGGCCGUCUGUCUCAACCCGUCGGAUCCCUCUCUGGUGGUUGGAAAAUGAAGCUCGAGCUCGCUCGUGCUAUGCUCGAGAAGGCCGACAUCUUGCUUCUCGACGAGCCCACUAACCACUUGGAUGUUGCCAACGUUACCUGGUUGGUCAACUACCUCACCAACCUGCCCAACGUCACCUCUAUGAUCGUCUCCCACGAUUCCGGUUUCUUGGACAGGACGUGUACCAACAUUAUCCACUACGAGAACCGUAAACUCAAGACUUACCGUGGUAACCUGUCCAAGUUUGUCGAGCAGAAGCCUGAGGCCAAGUCUUACUACGAGCUGUCCGCCGCCACCGUCAAGUUCAAGUUCCCCGAACCCGGAUUCCUUGAAGGUAUCAAGUCCAAGGACAAGGCCAUUCUCAAGAUGAUCGGUGUCAACUUCACGUACCCCGGCCGCCCCAUGCCCGCUUUGACUGGCAUCUCCCUGCAGUGCUCGCUGAACUCCCGUGUUGCCGUCAUCGGACCCAACGGAGCCGGUAAAUCGACUAUGAUCAAGAUCUUGACCGGAGAGCUUGUCGCCGUCGAGGGUGAUGUGUGGAAGCACCCCAACUUGCGUGUCGCUUACGUCGCCCAGCACGCUUUCCACCACGUUGAGCAACACAUGGACAAGACCCCCAACGAAUACAUCCGAUGGCGUUACCAGUACGGAGAGGACCGUGAGUCUCUCGUCAAGGCCGCCCGCCAGCUCACCCCCGAGGAGGAGGCCGCCAUCAAGAAACCCAUCGUCAUUGAGGCUGAGAAGCGCCUGUUUGAGGACAUCGUCGGUCGUCGUAAGGCCAAGCGUUCGUACGAGUACGAGAUUAAGUGGUUGAACCGUCCCCACGACGACAACACUUGGCACUCUCGUGACCGUCUCGAGGACUGGGGUUUCGAGAAGCUCGUCAACUGGUUCGAUGAGAGGGAAGCCGCCAAGGAGGGCAUGUACGCUCGUCCCCUGACACAGAAGGGUGUCGAGAAGCAUUUGGAGGAUGUCGGUCUCCCCGCCGAGUUCGCCACCCACUCCCGUAUCCGUGGUCUGUCCGGUGGACAGAAGGUCAAGGUCGUUCUUGGUGCUGCCAUGUGGAACAACCCCCACAUGUUGGUUCUUGACGAGCCUACCAACUAUUUGGACCGUGACUCUCUCGGUGCUUUGGCUGGAGCGAUCCAGGACUACGGAGGUGGUGUCGUCAUCAUCUCCCACAACAGGGAGUUCACUGGCGCCAUUUGCCCUGAAGUGUGGAAUGUCGACGCCGGUAAACUCCGUAUCGAGGGUGCCAAGCGUGACAUGCCCGUCGAGAAGAUCGAGAUGAAGGAGCAGGAGACGGUAACGGAUGCGUUCGGUAACGUCACUAAGGUCAAGUCGAAGAGAAAGUUGACGCGUAAGGAAUUGAAGCAGAAGGAGAAGAGGAGAGCCGACCGUAUCAAGGCCCAGGGCGAGGCUGGAGACUACGACUCCGAAGAGGAGGAUUGAACACUCAACCCGAACGCCUCGAACUGAAAUAUAGAAUUAGUGAGCCUCAAACACUUCACGAAGAGUAUUUUAUUUUAACUCGCCCGCACUCCCCAUCACUUCAAUUACGCUUACACUGUUCGACUUGUAUUUUAAAUUGCUUUUCUGUCAUUACAUACCGGUGUGCGAGCGCCGUUUUCAAAUCAUGUGGCUUUGUCCGAUUCGUACAGUUUGGGAGCGGUUCCGUCGCAGCUGAAAGAGGUAUCAGCGAACGUGCCAAAGCGAAAGACGAAGCCAAGAACGAAUGUACAGAAU